UCCCUGACGCCGACUCUCCCAUACUGAUGAGCCCGGGGAGCCACACACCUCCUCCCGCCUGACGUCGUCUCGCAACCGGCUGCGGUGCCUCCGCUCGUUUGCCCGUCUUGCGCAAUAAUUGCCACGGCAAAAAAACCCACGCACGGCACAACAAACACGCAGCGGACUUGAGCGGACACGCGCCGCGGGGUGCUCACACCCUCGGAAGUGGAGCAGGUUCAUCUUCCCGGACUGCAGCAUUCCUUCCUCGGCUGAUGGUGACCGUGCGAGCGCACCCGUUCGUCGGCGUCGAUCGAUCGAGCUGAUCAUGAUGGCUGAGCCCGGCGGCGUGGACGUGUGGACUCGUCAUCAUCGUCAUCACCAGUGAGCAACAUCUGGAUCUCCCAGAGCUAUGCCCGACGUGACCGAGCCGUCUUCCGCCUGCAGUCCCCCGCGUCCCUCCGCUACCUGCCCGGAGCUCACACAAGCCUGAUUUUGGCUGUAAAAAAAAAAAAGCCCCUCAUAUACCAGAACCUUCUAAAGAAGCAUUUGGGCAACGGAAUCCGACGCCCGCCCCCCGCCGCCUUCCCUCACUCCCAACCGACGGCAGAUUGAUUUCUGCUGGAUCAUGCAGAGAAUAUUACGGUGAAUAAUAAGGAUGGAUCCGCUAAUAUGCGUUCUGGGGCUACUGGCGCUGGUUGUGGAGAGCAUCCGUUGCCAAGGAGUGUACGCGCCUCCUACGGUCCGCAUCAUCCACUCAGGACACGCCUGCAACGUGGAGGAGGAGCGGCACACGGAGCGAGUGUACACCAUCCGAGAGGGUGAGACCCUGGAGCUCACCUGCCUGGUGACGGGGCACCCUCGGCCGCAGAUCCGAUGGACCAAGACAGCCGGCAGCGUGUCGGACCGCUUCCAGGACUCCAGCGUCUUUAACGAGACGUUGCACAUUACCAAAAUCCUGAGGACCCAGGGGGGCCGCUACUACUGCAAGGCUGAAAACGGCCUGGGCUCCCCAGCCAUCAAGUCCAUUCGAGUGGACGUCUACUACCUCGACGACCCGGUGGUGACGGUGCACCAGAGCAUUGGCGAGGCCAAAGAGCAGUUUUACUACGAGAGGACUGUGUUCCUGCGCUGCGUGGCCAACUCCAACCCACCUGUGCGCUAUAGCUGGCACCGCGGCCGAGAGGUCCUGACGCAGGGCUCUGACAAGGGCGUGGAAAUCUAUGAGCCCUUUUUUGCGCAGGUGCAGGGGGAAACGAAGAUCCUGAAGCUGAAGAACCUGCGACCACAGGACUACGCCAAUUACAGCUGCAUCGCCUCGGUCAGGAACGUGUGCGGCAUCCCCGACCGCAGCGUCAUUUUCAAACUCACCAACAAAACAGCUUCGCCGUCCAUCAAGCUGCUGGUGGAGGACCCCAUUGUGGUCAACCCGGGCCAGACUGUGUCUCUGGUGUGCAUCACCACUGGUGGCGAGCCUCCCCCGGUCCUUACUUGGGUCAGCGCCAAUGACAGCCUGCCGCAGAGGAGCAUGGUGAAAGGGGGCACGCUCACGCUGCCCGCUAUUAGCUCGGACGAGGCAGGCGUCUACAGCUGCGUGGCCAGCAACAAUGUGGGCAACCCGGCCAAAAAGUCCACCACCAUCGUCGUGCGGGCCUUGAAAAAAGGUCGCUUCUGGAUCACUCCUGAUCCUUACCACAAUGACGACAACAUCCAGAUCGGGCGGGAAGUCAAGAUAUCCUGCCAGGUGGAGGCCACGCCGCCUGAGGAGCUGACGUUCAGCUGGCUGAAGAACGGCCGCGCGCUACGCAGCUCCGAGCGCAUGGUCAUCACACAGACAGACACUGAUAUCUCACCCGGCACCACCAAUCUGGACAUCAUCGAUCUCAAGUUCACCGAUUUUGGCACUUACACCUGCGUGGCGGCCCUGAAGGGCGGUGGCAUCCCGGAGAUCAGCAUCGACGUCAACAUCUCCUCCACUACUGUCCCUCCUCUGUUUUUCUCUUUCUUAGUUCCCCCCAACUUGACAGUCCCCAGGGGCAAGUCCCCUUUGGUGGUCCGUGAGGGGGACACCGUGGAGCUGGAGUGCCUUGUUUCAGGAAAGCCCAAGCCCAUCAUCCUGUGGUCACGGGCCGACAAGGAGGCACCCAUGCCGGACGGGAGCGUGCAGACGGAGACGUACGAUGGUGUGCUGCGGAUCGUCAACGUAUCGCGGGAGAUGACUGGCUCGUACCGCUGCCAGACCAGCCAGUACAACGGAUUCAAUGUCAAGCCCCGGGAGGCGGAGGUGGAGCUCAUCGUGCAAUACCCUCCCACAGUGGAGCCGGUGCAAACAGAAAUGCGCCAGGGUCUGGGGCGGCCCGUGGUGAUGACCUGUCGGGUGCUCCGGGCACACCCGUCCCGAGUGCUGCGAUUCGAGUGGCUGCUGUCCAACCGGCUGCUUCACGCCGGUGCCUUUGACGCCCAGCGGGACGACACAGAGUACACCAUCCGCAGUCUGAACCGUGACGGCUGGGGCGAGUACACCUGCAACGUCAUCAACGAGGCCGGGGCGGGGAGGUGCACCUUUCACGUCACAGGAAAGGCUUACGCCCCCGAGUUCUACUAUGACACGUACAGCCCCGUUAUGCAGAACCGGCCUAGAGUCUACGACUUCAAGCUCCAGUGGACCCAGAUGAACCCUAACGCCGUGGACCGCAUCGUGGCCUACAGGCUGGGCAUCAGACAGAUGGGACAGCAGCGUUGGUGGGAGCAGGAGAUUCCAGUCGACGGAUCAAUCAACAAGGGACAACUCAUGACGCACAACCUAACCGAGCUCAUCAAGCCCGAGUCUUACGAGGUGCGCCUCACGCCCAUCACACGCUUCGGCGAGGGCGACUCCACAGUGCGGAUCAUCACUUACAGCGCUCCCAUCAACCCUCAUCUAAGAGAGUUCCACUGCAGCUUUGAGGAGGAGCCCAUCUGCAUGUUCACGCAGGACAAGAACGACGACUUUGAUUGGACGAGGCACAGCGCCGCCACCCGUGACACAAAGUACACGCCCAACACGGGGCCCAGUGCCGACCGCAGCGGUUCCAAGCAGGGGUUCUACAUGUACAUCGAGACGUCGAGACCUCGAAAAGAAGGCGACCAGGCUCGACUCGUCAGCCCGUUCUUCAACAUUGCACCCAAGAACCCGUACAGCAUCACCAACCCACCGACCUACUGUUUCGGCUUCUUCUACCAUAUGUACGGCAAACACAUAGGAACUCUAAACGCCUUCCUGAAGCAAAAGGGCCAGAUGACCUCGGACAGCCCGGUGUGGUCGCUAAGCGGCAACCAAGGGGAGCGAUGGAAACAGGCCAAAGUGAGCGUCCAUCCCACAGCGUCUUUCCAGGUGGUACUCGAGGGAAUCCGGGGACUGGGCAUUGAGGGAGACAUUGCCAUCGAUGAUGUCACGCUGGAGGAAGGGGAGUGUCGAGGCCCGCUGCCUGACCGCAACUCGACGGCCCCCUCCCACACCGUGCAUAUAUGGCUGCUGUGCGUCACCUUGGUGACGACCCUCCUGGAGGGUCAGAGGUGACCCCUCUGGCCGCCAUCCCAAGAGGCGAACAUUCAGACCUGCCGUCUGUGAGCUGUACCUGCGGCAUCCCCGUCACCAAAGAUCCACGCAUCCCGAAAAAGCAGCAACGCCGCCGCCGUCCUCUGGCAGAUCUCUGUUGGGACAAAAUGACAAACUGUGAUAUAUGUUGGGGGAAAAAAAAUACACAAAAAUAAUUAACAGAUCAUGAUGUGCUAAUUUUUUAGGGAUGGGGAGACUCUUUACGAGCACAAGAGGUGAGACAGUUUGUAAAGCACAAGAACAAUUUUAUGAAGAAAAAGAAAACAUAUAUAUAUAUAUAUAUAAAACUUUGCAAGGCGGCUGAAUAUAGAUGCUGCUGACAUUUUGAGGAGGAAAUUGAACAAGACCUUUCUCUGUGUAUCUUUAUCUUCAUUUUGCUUGUUUUUCACCCGACGCCCGACUCAACCCCGCCACAAGUCACUCUCUGCUUGGUGCUGUACUGAAGAAAAACCCUUAGCAACAUUUCCCCCUUCCGUCCGCUUCAAAGACGCCUCCUCCCCGAUGAUGGCUGCCUAUGUAUCUUCUUACACUGUGCUCACACGUCCAAGCGACGGUGCAAUGGCAGGACGGACGACGCCAAGGAAGCGGCGACGGUUGGACGACACUCUGUGGCGAGGACGUCCAGGGUGGAGGUGAAGUGUGAGUGAGGCCUAACAUCAAGUCGUGUCGCUCCGCCGGACACAUAAGAAGCCACUUUUCUUUCUGCCAUGAAAACAAAGUGCCUUCCAGAUUACGACGGCGAAAUCGCGAGCUACAUGGAACACACGCGCUUCGUCCUAUGGGGCUAUUUUCUACACGCGUGUCUCUUUCGCCCCACAAGUGCUGUGGAGUAUCGGGCUCUUCUGGUUCCGGGACACAAGUUUCGAUGUUUCGUCCUAAUGAGGGAUUAAAAAAAAAGACACUGGAAUGACUACCUUCUUCUGUUUUUAAAUCGAACAUUGCCGCAAGAGUGACCACGGCGGCGCCUCACUCGUCUCCGCCACCAUUUCUACAACAACAGAGCAAAAGAUGAUAAUAAUGAUAAUAAUAAUGUCGAUAAUAGUCAAGAUAUUUUAUUACUCCAGCGAGAAUGUUUCUCCUCUUUUACACAAACUGUGAAAUUUGACUGUCUGGAGGAUCUACCUGAGACCAUAACCUUAACCAGCGGGGAUUUUUAAGAAAUGUAUUGUCAAAAAAAAGAAGAAAGAAAACAAGAAUUAUUCUGUUCAUUGUUGCUUAUGACAAAUGCUUUGAGAACUUGUGUCCUGUUUUUUCAUUUUCAUUCUUUUGCCAUUUGCAUCGCUCCAACAUCCCAGCCCAUGGAAACUCUUGAGAAGCAAAGCGAUUUGUAUAACUUGUAAAUGUUGAAGAAGCUCUUUUGCAGAGGUUUAUGAUAAAUGUUUUAUGUUGGUGUGUCCAGGAAGCACAACCAUUUACGUUAUGAGUGUCAUUUCUCUAUGCGUGUCGCUCCAGUCGCAACUGAAUCAGUAGGAUUCCUCACAAAAAGUUUGGAAAUUAACAGCAAACUGACAUCAGAUGUUUACAUCAAGUCAUCAUAGAAGGAAUGAUACACAGUGGUACUUCCACUUUUCAUAAACAGGUAUUUUGGUUUCCGACAAAAUUUCUGGCAAAAAUUUUGCAUACAUUGCUCGUGAAAAACUAAACUGUUUGUCCGCGUAUCAUUCACGGUAGUGCUCACACAAAGAAUUCACGCAUUGGUGACUCAAUCUGUGCUUUUUUACAACUGCAAAAUAAUCCACCAUGGGACUAAAGAAAGUUGCCAGUACGCUUUGCUGCUGUGAAAAAUUUUAGUAAUCGGAUAUUCUACUGAAAAUUCCCUGGAUUCUUCAAGUAAGGGGAUACAACUUUUUUAUUUGGUUGAUAAUAAAUUAGAAAUAUAUAAUAAUAAUAAUGGAUUAGUCUGUCUAUCCGUAUUGGCCCUGCGAUGAGGUGGCGACUUGUCCAGGGUGUACCCCGCCUUCUGCCCGAUUGUAGCUGAGAUAGGCACCAGCGCCCCCCGCGACCCCAAAGGGAAUAAGCGGUAGGAAAUGGAUGGAUUAGAUUUAUAUAGCGCAUUGCACAGAGAAUUGAGAACCCACCAUUCAUUCACACCUGGUGGUGGUAAGCUACAUACGUAGCCACAGCUGUCCUGGGGUAAAAUUACGGAAGCGUGGCUUAAGAUAUAAGUAAAAAAUAAGACCGUUAAUCAAACAAAUCUUCUGUUUCUAAUACAAAUAAAGUGCAUCGCAAUUUACUUGUCUUGAGAAACAGCAUCAAAUGUAAACAUUGUAGCCGAUUUCAAAAUAAACCAUAUCCACUUGCAUUUUUACAACCAGUUCACUAAACUAGAGCAUACUUUUAUUCUGUAAUUAUGUUUUGACUCUAAAAACCACAAGUAGCAUGUGUUUGCGAAUUAGUUAAUUGUUUCUAAAACUCCAGUUUUGCAUCGCUGUGGCUGUAUUUUCCAAGUGAGUAAGGAAGUAAGUUUUAUUCAUAAAGCGCUUUCCACAGAUAAAAUCACAAAGUGCUGUACAAAACAUAGGUGAAGUAAAACAACAAUUCAAUUAAAAUAACAAAGGUAUAACAACAAUACAAAGUGGAUUGAAACAUUAAGUAAGGUUACUUUGCUGUGACUACUGACAAUCACUUAAAGUCUGCUAACAUCAGUAAAGCUAGUACAGUAUUUUUCGGAGUAUAAGACGCUCCGGAGUAUAAGUCGCACCUGCCGAAAAUGCAUAAUAAAGAAGGAAAAAAACAUAUAAGUCGCACUUGAGUAUAAGUCACAUUUUUGGGGGAAAUUUAUUUGAUAAAACCCAACACCAAGAAUAGACAUUUGGAAGGCCAUUUAAAAUAAAUAAAGAAUAGUGAACAACAGGCUGAAUAAGUGUACGUUAUAUGACGCAUAAAUAACCAACUGAGAAGGUGCCUGGUAUGUUAACGUUAAAUAUUAUGGUAAGUCAUUCAAAUAACUAUAACAUAUAGAACAUGCUAUACGUUUAUCAAACAAUCUGUCACUCCUUGUGAUUAUAACAAUUAAUUCAUUGGAUUGAUGACUCAAUACUCAAGUGCUUGUAUUCCAACACGUCAUUUCUUCCCGUAAGUUCAACCAAGCCAAGAUGCCUGUUGUGAAGCAGGCAUACUCUCAGAAUACGUAAGGGGCCUAGAUCUUCCUGCAAAAAGCAGAUACGACCAAAAAAGAAUAAAAUAUGCGUUGGAAUAGAUAACUUUAUCAAACAAAAAUGUGUUAAGUGAUAUCAGGGAUCAUCAUUUGUCGGUGUAGUUCCCAGACAUAUUAAACUACCGUGUGCUCCAGAAGUCAUUCUACACGACAAAACAGAUGAAAACUUGGAAAAGCAUGAAGGUCUAAAACUUGUGUGUGGCUGUGCCAAGGACAAUGGUAUCAGAUUCUCCUAGAUAAAUCAGGCAUCAUCUUUGCUCUGGUAAGGUUGCAUUUAAUGAUUUAACUUUGAAUCUUGCGAGGACGACUAGCACCCGACUGCUGACACUUUCACAAAGUAAAAAUUACUAAACCAUCGCCAUAUUUGAUUUUUGUCCUGUUGUAUGCACUCUGACACAUUUGUGUACACAAUAAAGAGGGGAGAUGUACAACCUUUUCCUGAAAAAGUAUCUGAUAUAAGUAUCUCUUUGUUAAAUAAUUAAAUGCAAACAAUAUCUAGAUAACACUUAAUUGGGAUAUAUUAAGCAAGUUAAGUCUGGGAUGAGGUGGCGACUUUUCCAGGGCGUACCCCGCCUUCCGCCCGAGUGCAGCUAAUGUAGGCUCCAGCACCCCCCGAGACCCCGAAAGGGACAAGCGGUAGAAAAAUGGAUGAAUGGAUAAACGAGUAAAGUUUAUUACAUUUUAUAUCAAAACAUUUAACAAAUUGGUCACUGCAAACUUCGACUGUGCUUCCUAUGACUGGACAGUGUGCAACUUUUCUCAUCGUCUUUGGUAAAAUCUUGCUUUCUUCCGCCCUUCUAUGAAGCUAGAACAAUGCCAGUAAGAGUCUAUAUAUAAAAAAAAUACACUUUCCAGAAAAAGCUGUAUUGGCACCAAAACAAGUUUUGGCAACAAAUAAAU